AUGUCUGACGCAACUUCCAGCGGGACACAGCCCAACCUCGCCGCUCUGGCCAGCAAGAACUCGUCCGUCGUCCGACGACGGGCGACGCAGCAGGCCGCCAACAAGCCCAACAGCACUCGUGCGGCGGGCGCUGGUGGAAGCUCGAGCACCAUGAUGCGCCUCUACACCGACGACAGCAAGGGCCUCAGCGUUGACCCCGUGGUCGUCCUGGUUCUCUCGAUUGCGUUCGUCUUCAGCGUGGUGCUGUUGCACAUCAUUGGCAAAUUCAUGCGCUGGUACGCAAAGUAG